GAUGUGAAGUCUACGUUCUUCCAGUUUGGAGCGUCUCUGAUGCAAGAGGCUUUACUUAUGAUGAACAUCAUGGAGGAAUAUGACUGGCACAUCUUCUCCAUAGUCACCUCCAAGUUCCCCGGUUACCAGGAGUUUAUCAGUGUUCUGCGUGUGACGGUGGACCACAGCUUUGUGCGUUGGGACCUUCAGAGUGUUGUAACGCUGGACGCUGUAGACGGAGACGCCAACUCUAAAGCUCAUAUCCAGCUGAAGAGGAUCCAGAGCCCUGUUAUUCUGCUGUACUGCUCCAAGGAAGAGGCCAGGUAUAUAUUGGAAGAGGCCCGGUCUCUGGGUCUGACUGGGUCGGGCUACAUCUGGAUCGUACCAAGUCUGACCACAGGGAACCCCGACUUCACCCCAGACGUCUAUCCCCUGGGGAUGAUCUCUGUGUCCUACAAUGAAAUGGAGUAUCCCCUGGAGAGCCGCCUUAGAGACGGAGUGGGCAUCAUUGCCACGGCAGCCGUCGCCAUGCUAAGGGAGAAGGGGGAGGUGCCAGAACCCCAAGGGAACUGCUACAGCCAAUCAGAGAAGGGCAAGACUCCGCCCAGUGCCCUGAGAGGGAACAUGAUGCACGUGACCUACGAGGAGCGUGACCUGUCGUUCACCGUAGACGGUUACCAAGCCAACCCCAAACUUUCCGUCAUUGUCCUUCAUCCAAAUAGGACAUGGGAGAAGAUGGGUCGUUGGGAGAAUGGGACCCUAUCUCUUAUGUUCCCAGUAUGGCCCAGGUAUAACUCGUGGGGAGACGAGGAGGCUGAUGAGAACCACCUGUCUAUCGUGACUCUGGAGGAGAAACCCUUCGUCGUCGUUGACAACGUAGACAUCCUGACUGGAACCUGUAUGAGGAACUCUGUUCCCUGCAGGAAACAUGUUAAGGAUAACUCUACAAAAGAUGGAGGUUCCUAUAUAAAGCAAUGUUGCAAAGGGUUCUGUAUCGACAUCCUGAAGAAGAUCGCUCGGAACGUCAAGUUCACCUUUGACCUCUACCUGGUGACCAACGGAAAACACGGCAAGAAGAUCAACAACGUCUGGAACGGCAUGGUGGGAGAGGUGAUUGAAAAGAAGGCAGCGAUGGCGGUGGGGUCGUUGACCAUCAAUGAGGAGAGGUCGGAGGUCAUAGACUUCUCUGUCCCCUUCGUGGAGACGGGCAUCAGCGUCAUGGUCGCCCGGAGCAACGGCACCGUCUCCCCCUCCGCCUUCCUCGAGCCCUUCAGCGCGUCUGUCUGGGUGAUGAUGUUUGUGAUGCUGCUACUGGUCACAGCCAUCGCUGUCUUCCUGUUUGAGUUCGUCAGUCCACUGGGAUUCAACCGCAACUUGGCCCAGGGCAAAGACCCCCACGGUCCAUCGUUCACCGUUGGUAAGGCAGUGUGGCUGCUGUGGGGUCUGGUGUUCAACAACUCUGUUCCGGUCCAGAACCCUAAAGGCACCACCAGUAAGUUCAUAGUGUCGGUGUGGGCCUUCUUCGCUGUCAUCUUCCUGGCCUCGUACACAGCCAACCUGGCUGCCUUCAUGAUCCAGGAGGAGUUUGUGGACCAGGUCACCGGACUAUCUGACAACAAGUUCCAGAACCCGUAUGCGUACUCCCCUCCGUUCCGUUUCGGGACGGUUCCUAAUGGUUCAACAGAGAGGAACAUCAGGAAGAAUUACCCUGACAUGCACGAGUACCUGGUGAAGUAUCACCAGGGAGGGGUGCAGGAUGCACUGGUCAGCCUCAAAGCAGG